AUGUUACCUCCUUUAAAUAUUAACAAGUGGGUUGAAGAGCACAAACAUCUUUUAGAACCACCCGUAAAUGCAAAGUUAAUAUAUGAUGACCCUGAUUCUACUUUUGUCAUUAUGAUUGUUGGUGGUCCAAACCAAAGAACAGAUUAUCAUAUCAAUCAAACUGAUGAAUUCUUUUAUCAAUUCAAAGGUGAUAUGAUAUUAAAGAUUGUCGAUAAGAGUGAUGGUCAGUUUAAAGAUGUAAGAAUUCGUGAAGGUGAAUGUUUCUUGUUACCAGGUAAUACACCACAUUCACCACAACGUUUCAAGGAUACAGUUGGUUUGGUAAUUGAACAAAAACGUAAUGCUCAAUCUAUUGAUCGUCUCUGUUGGUUCUGUCAAGGCUGCAAAGAGAAGCUCUUUGAAGAGUCAUUCAACGUAAAAGGAUUGGACCUAGGUAAAGAAUUGAAACCAAUCAUCUUGAGAUUCUACGAAGAAGAACCACUCAGAACCUGCAAGAAAUGUGGUUGCAUCAGUGAGAAACCAGUUAUCAAAGAUAACAUUGAAUAA